AUGCAGCGAUAUCUAUACUUUCUCGGAUUUCUUCUCAAUAGUAUUCAAUGCGUUAUAGGCUUUGCCAAUAUAGAACAUGUUCAAAAGCUAAAGGAUCAAGACAAUAUAAUAAGAAUCACGGAAGAAAAUUACCAAGAAUUGAGUACCGGUGUACAUGAUUUCUACAAUGUCCUUUAUAUUACUAUGUCAGGAGCCAAUAAUCAAGGUCAAUUCUGCGAAAUGUGCGGUGAAUUCGAAACAACUUUAAGGAAAGUUAGCCAUGCAAUGAAGAACCAAGUUCCCGAUACAAACGUCUUAUUCUUCAUUGCUGAUGUGAAUGAGGUUCCCAGUUUAGUUUCUGACUUACAAUUAACAAACGUCCCACAUCUUGUUGUUUAUCCACCUCCAUUUAAUGAGACAUUCAAAUGGUCCGUGGCGCAUUUUUAUCAAUAUGAGUUACCACCAGAAAGAGCAGGCGAUUUAUUACGUUUUGGUAAUUAUAUUGCCAAAUUAUUAAAUGUUCAACUUCGAUUGGAAACUGAGUUUGAUAUGAAUGAAUUUUUGAUGUAUUUUUGUGGAUUCAUGGCUCUGUUUCUUUUUUUCAAAAAAAUUAUCUUUCCUAAAUUUAAUAACAAAAUAAAACUCGCUAUGAUCAUUCUUUCAUCUUUGAUUUUAUUACCAAGUAUCACUGGGUAUAAAUUUACUGAAAUGAACGGGAUACCGUUUAUUGCCCGUGAUAAAGAUGAUAACAUAAUGUAUUUCAGCGGUGGGACCGGUUGGCAAUUUGGUAUUGAAAUAUUUUCUGUGUCAUCAAUGUACAUCAUAUUAGGGAGUCUAGUAAUUGGGUUAGUUUAUAAUCCUAGAUGGCAUAAGGAUAGUAAAAAAUUUCAAGACUUACAAAGCGUUGUCGUUGCCUGUGCAUUAUUCUAUAUGUUUUCAUUUUUCCUAUCUUGUUACAAAAUUAAAAGUCAGGAUUAUCCCUUUACAUAUUGA